UCUUAUCGUCGCGUCUCUUAUUUUACAGAACUGGAAACGAAAUGCGACGUAACGCAGCGGAAGGAUAAUCGCUGAAGUAUAGCCAUUAUUUGUGGAGAUAAAGAAAAAGAAAUACACUUUCACUAAGCAAAAACAGAGGCGGAGGAGGAAGGCAGAGCGCUGCGGCGUGACGUGACGCUACAGGUUCUUGUUGCCCAUCGCCUAUAUGAGCCGAGCAUUGCAGCCCUGUAGCACACACCACAGCAGUCUGUACUGUACCACACUUCGUACCACCACACCGCCACCAUGAGAGUGUCUAUUGCCCUGAUGUUGAUGGGAGCCGUGCUGGCGGCCAACCUGGUCACCACCAACGCCGCCCCGAGUCUCUACAGGAGCCUGAAUAUGGACGAUGCCGCUGAUUCUGACAGCAACGAUAGCAGUGAUAGCAGUGCGAGGAUCGUAAAGCGGAGUGUCAAUCUCAAAGACGAUAGUGGUGAUGACAGCGGCGACGAUGACGAUAAGAAGAUUGUCAAGCGAAAUGUGAACCUCGAUGAUGACGAUGAUGACGAUGAUGACGAUGACGACGAUGACAAGAAGAUCGUCAAACGCAUGGCUUAAGAGACGAACAACACCGCGGGAAACUCACGAUCUCAUCACACCUAGUGAUCCCCUCGUCAGGAGCUUACACCUGGCAUAAGUAGAGAAGGAGGAGGAGGAGGAGGAGGAGGAGGA